AUGGAGCCUGAGGAGUUUGAGGGGAUCCAUUCACACACCUUUCGGGUGAAGACGUUCAAGAAGAGCAAGCACUGUGGCGUGUGCAAACAGACCGUCAGCCAGGAGGGGCUAAUUUGCAAAGCUCCCUCUACCCUCCUCAGUUCUACCCAGCUCCCACUACCCUCCUCAGUUCUACCCAGCUCCCAUUACCCUCCUCAGUUCUACCCAGCUCCCACUACCCUCCUCCAACUCUACCCAGCUCCCACUACCCUCCUCAGUUCUACCCAGCUCCCACUACCCUCUUCCAACUCUACCCAGCUCCCACUACCCUCCUCAGUUCUACCCAGCUCCCACUACCCUCCUCCAACUCUACCCAGCUCCCACUACCCUCCUCCAGUUCUACCCAGCUCCCACUACCCUCCUCCAUCUCUACCUAGCUCCCUAUACCCUCCUCCAACUCUACCCAGCUCCCACUACCCUCCUCAGUUCUACCUAGCUCUCUAUACCCUCCUCCAUCUCUACCCAGCUCCCUAUACCCUCCUCCAGUUCUACCCAGCUCCCACUACCCUCCUCCAACUCUACCCAGCUCCCACUACCCUCCUCAGUUCUACCCAGCUCCCUAUACCCUCCUCCAACUCUACCCAGCUCCCACUACCCUCCUCAGUUCUACCCAGCUCCCACUACCCUCCUCCAUCUCUACCCAGCUCCCUCUACCCUCCUCAGUUCUACCCAGCUCCCACUACCCUCCUCAUUCUACCCAGCUCCCACUACCCUCCUCAGUUCUACCCAGCUCCCACUACCCUCCUCAGUUCUACCCAGCUCCCACUACCCUCCUCCAACUCUACCCAGCUCCCUCUACCCUCCUCAGUUCUACCCAGCUCCCUAUACCCUCCUCCAUCUCUACCCAGCUCCCACUACCCUCCUCCAUCUCUACCCAGCUCCCACUACCCUCCUCAGUUCUACCUAGCUCCCUAUACCCUCCUCCAUCUCUACCCAGCUCCCACUACCCUCCUCAGUUCUACCCAGCUCCCACUGCCCUCCUCAGUUCUACCCAGCUCCCUCUACCCUCCUCAGUUCUACCCAGCUCCCACUACCCUCCUCAGUUCUACCCAGCUCCCUCUACCCUCCUCAGUUCUACCCAGCUCCCACUGCCCUCCUCAGUUCUACCCAGCUCCCACUACCCUCCUCCAUCUCUACCCAGCUCCCUCUACCCUCCUCAGUUCUACCCAGCUCCCUCUACCCUCCUCAGUUCUACCCAGCUCCCACUACCCUCCUCAGUUCUACCCAGCUCCCACUGCCCUCCUCAGUUCUACCCAGCCCCCACUACCCUCCUCCAUCUCUACCCAGCUCCCUCUACCCUCCUCAGUUCUACCCAGCUCCCUCUACCCUCCUCAGUUCUACCCAGCUCCCACUACCCUCCUCAGUUCUACCCAGCUCCCUAUACCCUCCUCCAACUCUACCCAGCUCCCACUACCCUCCUCCAACUCUACCCAGCUCCCUCUACCCUCCUCAGUUCUACCCAGCUCCCACUACCCUCCUCCAACUCUACCCAGCUCCCACUACCCUCCUCCAUCUCUACCCAGCUCCCUCUACUCUCCUCAGUUCUACCCAGCUCCCUAUACCCUCCUCCAUCUCUACCCAGCUCCCACUACCCUCCUCAUUCUACCCAGCUCCCACUACCCUCCUCAGUUCUACCCAGCUCCCACUACCCUCCUCAGUUCUACCCAGCUCCCACUACCCUCCUCCAACUCUACCCAGCUCCCUCUACCCUCCUCCAUCUCUACCCAGCUCCCACUACCCUCCUCCAACUCUACCCAGCUCCCUAUACCCUCCUCCAACUCUACCUAG